CUUGUUGCAAACAGUCCAACACAACACUCUGUGACUGACGGAGAUAUUGUCGUCCAUUCAAGAGACAAGCAGAGCGUCAAAGUCUGUGAACAUGAGAACUGCUUCUGGUCAAAGGGAGCAAACGGAUUGGUCCAAGUUCCAUACACAAUAAGGGUACACCUUUACCAGCAAUGAAAAGAGCACCAUUGAAAAAGCCAUGAAUGAAUUCCACUUGAGCUCAUGUGUGCGCUUUGUCCCUCGCACGAGUCACAUCAACUACGUCAGCAUUGUGAAGCAAGACGGAUGUUGGUAAGUGGUCGGUCAAAGAGGAGGUGAACGGGAGUUAUCUCUCGGGUACAACUGCGUGAACAACGGCCACAUUCAGCACGAGUUAAUGCACGCGCUGGGUUUUUGGCACGAGCAGAGUCGAUCCGACAGAGACGUCUACGUCAAAAUCAACUUGGACAAUGUCAAAGACGAGCACGUUAGCAACUUUGAUCGUAAGGAAACACUCAACCUCAACGUCCCAUACGACUACUCCUUGAUGCAUUACGGACGCAAAGACUUCUCAAAGAACGGACAGGACACCGACACACCUAUGAUCGCCUCAGCAUCCAUCGGCCAGAGGAUCGGUAUGACAGAGAAUGACUUUCUGAAGAUCAACAAGCUUCACAGCUGCAAGAACUACCUCCAUAAGAGCGGCGAGUGGGACAGUGAGGUGGGGCAGAGUUUCACUUGCCAGUGUCCCGAGGGCCAAGCUGUUUCCAGCAUCACCAGCCUUUCCAACCUCAAACACACACCUCUGGUCAACUUCUAUGGCGAGUACUUCGGCUGGAAGGUCGCCAGCAUCAACUACAUCACAGCAGUGAAAAGCAGCUUUGAUACAACCACACGUGAUCGUCGAUGGAGCUUCUCCUUCCAGCAGAGAAGUGUUGAGUGA